AAUCAUUAAAAGACCCAGCUAGCUUGUCCCAGAUUUCUGCUCGGCGCUUUGCAAGAGGGUUUGAACUGGACCAACUUAGUUGAGAUGUAGAGCCACGGCUGCAGAGAGCUUGACAGCGCUCUCCUGAUCUACACUGGACUGAUAUGAUCCUCGAUAGAGGCUAAACCUGCCGAAUCGAUUGCUUUUUUGGUAAUGAUGGAGCAGUGACUUGUUGAGGAGGUGCUGACCUGAGGUGACCUCUUACAGCUUGACUUCCACACAGAAGACCCAGAAACCAUGAUGAGAAGAUUUCUGAAGAGCCAGAAGGGCCGUUUCUCUCUUCGUCAAAGCCGAUCGGGAUCCCGCAGUGCCUCCAAAGAUUUCUACCCGAACCCUAACGUGCUGAGAGAUUUCCCACUGAAUAUUGAACUGGGCCUUCCAGCAAAUAAUCAGGGUUGGCCAGAGGACUUUGGCUUUAAGCUGGGGGGAGAUGGACCCAGUUACAUCCUCUCUGUGGUGGAGGGCAGCAGCGCUUUCAUGGCCGGACUGCAGCCAGGCGACCAGGUUCUGGAGAUCGACGGGCAGAACGUCUCGUCCCUCAGCUCUAAAGCCCUCAUCGCUCUGGCUCAGAACCUCAAGACUGUGCCGCCCAGCAUCGGCGUUGUGUCUAGAAUUGAACAGCUGGACAUUGCCCCGGGGCCUGAUGGUCGUUUUGGCUUUACUAUAGUGGGAGACAGUCCCCUGCUGGUGGAGGACUGCACGCUCAACUCUCCAGCCGGCCGGAGUGGACUGCGAGCAGGUGAUUUUGUGAUGGAGGUGAAUGGGAAUCCAGUGAAACACCAUGAGACGGCGGCGGCCAUGAUCAAGGCCUCUCAGGGACGUACGCUGCGUCUGGGUGUGCUGCGGAUGAACCGCUGGCAGAAACGCACCAGCAGCAGCAUGAAAGAGACAUAUCAGAGCGGAGACAUGGUGAGGCAGGACCGCAAACAUAAAGCUCUGGAGUUCAACAAGAAGGUUGAGGAGAUUUUAGGGGAGGAGCCUGAGGUUAAAGAGAGGCUUUUUGAUUUGCUGAAGCAGUAUGCAAAUGAGAGGGAUGUUGAAGGUCUAGCGUCUACACUUCCAGAAAUACUGCUCACUGAGGAACAUCAGCAACUGAUUGACAGCAUCAGGAUCUUCAUCCCUAAGAAGCACAGGCAGCGCUUUGAUGAGAUGGUCUCCCAGAGUUUGAUCAGUCGCUUGAGGGGCCGAAGCUUCAGCGAGCACAGGAACAACCGGCUACGGCGCAGCCGGAGUGAAGACCACCCCGAACGGCUGCUGUCUGUGUCCACUCGAGCCAGCUCUGUGCCCCGGACUGCCAACGAGGAAGUGGUCAUGCCUCCUGCCCGUGGUGUCCGCAAGACCACCUCACUCAUCGCAGGCCAUUCCAGCUCCUUCUCUACCCGCAGGACAGUACGGGUGUACAAAGGGAACCAGAGUUUCGGGUUUACUCUGCGUGGCCAUGCUCCAGUCUGGAUUGACUCUGUAAUACCAGUCAAAUUGUUCUCUAUGUGCAGUAAAGAAAGAUCUGAGAAACUGUCCUGUGCCACUGAAGAUCGGAGCCAGAUUCUCCUCAUAACUGAGAAACUUAUUUCUGAUGUAGCCGAACCAAUGGGCAGCGUGAGUGCAAACUGCAAUAGUCUGAAAAAGAGCUGUUCACAUGAGAAGGUGGUGUCCAUGCUGCAGGGGAGUGGGGCAAUGCCCAGCUUGGUGGUUGAAGAUGGCCCGCCGGCCUUCACCAUGACCGAACCUGAACAGGUGGAGGUUUCUCCACGCUCCUGUGCUCCUGUGCUUAGCUCCCUUCAGUGGGUCGCCGAGAUCUUGCCUCCUAGUAUCCGCGUACAGGGUCGCACCUUCAGCCAGCAGCUUGAGCACCUUCUCACUCUCCAAGAGAGAUACACCAUCUGCAAGGCCCUGGAGGCCUUCUUCCAGCACAGAAAUGUAGACACUUUGAUUGUGGACGUCUUCCCUGUGUUGGAUACCCCAGCAAAACAGGUGAUUUGGCAGUUCAUUUACCAGCUGCUGACCUACGAGGAGCAGGAACACUGCCAGAACAAGAUCUCCCGAUUCCUUGGCUAUAAAGUUACACUGCCAACAGCAGAACCUGAACCUCCAGCCCAUGAGCCUCAUAGGCGCAGCAGCUCCAUGAAGGUGACAGGAACCACUUACAGGAGCAAUGUGAGGGGACACAGCUCAGAUGAUCUGGUUAUUGGCACUCACUUGGGCAUGGGGAUUUGCAAUGAGCCAAUGGAGGCAGCACCUAUGAGACUGACUCCUGGAGAGAGACAAUCAGGGGAUGGAACAUCCUUACCAGAGACGCCCAACAAUCUGACUAAUCUGUCAGCUGUGUAUGCUGAGCUGGAGAAUGUCUAUGCUGGGAAGAGAUCCAAAUCCCUGAAGAGUCGUCCUCCUCCAACUCCUGAAACUCUGGUUAACGUAGACUACUUCCCGCACGCUUCCUCACAGUCCAUCAGAGCACACUCUUCCUCUCCAUCAGUUCGGGCCACUUCAGGUAGCCGCAAAUCUGCAUCAGCACAGCCUGUGCCGCCACCUCCACCACCGCCACCACCUCCUCUACAGCCUGACUCUUGGAUGCAGGAGCCUCCACUGAGUCCCCAGUGCCCCUGCUACCCUCCAGGUCUUCCCUCUCAAACCAGUGCUGAGUCCAACCCAUACAUAAGUUUAGACAGCCCACCUCUCUCUCCACCCUCUCCUCCGGACUACCCACCUAGUCCACCCAUUCGGAAGAAGCGCUACACCUUCUCACGUCCACCUCGUACCCCUGACACAGAUUUGUUCAUGGAGGCUCUGAGUGAGCAGCUGGGACAGCAGUUAUCUGUGGAAGACUUCCUGUCACCAGAGAAUGACUAUGAAGAGGAUAUUCUCCAGAUGACAUUCCAGAAUGAGGAUGAGGAAGAGGAAGAGGAAGAGGAGGAGGAGGAGGAGGAGGAUGAGGAGGAGGAGGAGGGUCCGUACAUGCCUCCCGAGCUAAGCAGUCCAAGCGAAGUACAUAGUAGCAGCGAGGAUGCCAGCUCUCUUACCUACUCCUCCAGCUCAGAGCACAUUCCUCCACCCCCUCUGACUCCUCCUCCCCCUCCCCCCGUCCAAUUUAAUGACCCCCCUCCACCUGCUGGAUUCACCCCUGACCAUGCACCCCGACAGCUGACCUUCCGUCGCCACCCUGGACCUCCUCCACCACCUCCGCCAAGAGCUAACCCACCUCCAAAAAGACAAUCCAUUCACAAGGUGUUGCCCACACGUGAUGAGCUGAUGACCCAGCACCAAGUCCUUCAGGAGCACCACUCACUUCCAGUUCAACCAACAGCCAGCCACCCUCAGCAAUCUCAGCAGCAGAUGCAUCAAUCUCUGCCCCCUAUGCCCUCUCCAGAAAUAAACCAGUCACCCAUCCCCAGUCAUGCAAUCUACGAGAUGCACCAUCAGGUUCAUCCAGCUUACCAGGUUCACCAACACCACCAGGUGCAACAGGAUCACCAGAUGCAUCCAAUCCAUAAAAAUAAACCAAGUCACCAAUCUCAGUCUAUUAAAGUGCACCAAAGCCACCACUCACACCAGACUAUUCAGACUCAACUAUCUAGCUCCAUGGAUAGGCUUGAUAGAAUUGAAAGAAAGGAAUGCUCGGAUAGGCAUAUCUAUGGCAUGCAGUCCCAGCCCUUGCAUCCAGAUCAACAAGUACACCAUGCUUAUCAGAUGCAUCAGAGUCAUCAGGCUCACCUCUCAAGCUCCAUGGAUAGACUUGACCGAUUGGAGCAGAUCCAGCGUUUGGAACGCUUUGAGCAUAUGGAGCGAAUUGAAAGACUGGAGAGGGUGGACAGACAAAUGCACCGGGCACACAUGGCUCAAGCAGUUUCUCAAGCUAUUCAACCAUCUCCGCAACAGUACCACCACCAGAUGCACCAAGCUCCUCUGCCAACCCGCCACAUUCACCAGAUUGAACACAUACACCCGGUUCAGCCAAUCCAGUCAGCUCCUCAGUACCACCAGAUCCACCAGCCCCACCAACCUCACCAGACCCAACAGAUUCUGUCAACCUUCCAGCCUCAUACUUCACAACAGCAGCAACAGCAGCUUCAGCAGAUGCAGCAGAAACAACAACAACUUCAACAGCAGCUUCAGCAACAGCAGUAUCAGCAGCAGCAAGCUCAGAAGAUUCAGCAGCAGCAACAGCAUCGCUCAACCCCACAGAUUCCCCCCAUUACACAGGCCAGACAGAGCCCUCAACCCAUGUAUCACGAACAUCGUCACUACCAUCACAGCCACCAUGAGGCCCAGUCCCAAACGCAACCACCAAGUACACCCCAAUCUCAAACUCACCACCCCACUGAUGGGCCCACUGUGGAGCCACCUCCUCCUCCACCUUUACCCCCACCUUGCAUGCCUCCUCCGCUUCCAAAGGCCUCACCACAAAAAACAGACUCCAGUCAUAUGAGUGUAAAGCGGCUACGAUGGGAACAAGUGGAAAAUUCUGAGGGAACCAUUUGGGGACAGUUGGAAGAAGAUUCUGAUUAUGACAAGCUGAGUGACAUGGUGAAAUACCUAGACUUGGAGCUUCAUUUUGGGACCCAAAAGAGCCCUGUUUCUCUUCCAGAGCCCUCACCUCAGGUGGAGACUUUCAAGAAGAAAGAUGUCGUGGAGAUUCUCUCCCAUAAGAAAGCCUACAAUGCUUCAAUCUUGAUUGCCCAUCUGAAGCUGUCACCAAGCGAGCUACGCCAGGUGCUGAUGACGAUGUCGAGUGAACGUUUAGACUCGUCACAUAUAAUACAAUUGCUCCUAUAUGCACCAGACGAUGAUGAGGUUAGACAAUACCAGCAGUACAGAGACAACCCAAGCAAACUCAGUGAGCCCGAUCAGUUUGUCCUACAGAUGCUAUCAGUGCCAGAGUAUAAGACCCGUUUGAAAAGCCUGCAUUUUAAGACUACGUUGCAAGAGAAAACAGAGGAGAUGAGGGGGGCCUACGACUGUGUUUUUAAGGCUUCACUGGAGCUCAAAAACAGCAAAAAACUGGCCAAGAUUCUGGAGUUUGUGCUGGCUAUGGGGAAUUAUCUAAAUAACGGCCAACCCAAGACCAAUAAAACGACCGGAUUUAAGAUCAAUUUUCUCACUGAACUCAGUACCACCAAAACAGUGGAUGGAAAGUCAACAUUUCUGCAUAUCCUGGUGAAAUCAUUGUGCCAGCACUUUCCAGAGGUUCUGGACUUUGGGAAGGAGCUUGAGAUGGUGCCACAAGCAGCCAAAGUGAAUCAAAGAAACAUCACUUCUGACUUCAAUGACUUACAUGCCACUAUCCAGGACAUUCGUUUAGCCUGCCAGAAGAUGCCAGCCACCGCUGAGGAUCGAUUUGCCAUUGUUAUGAGUGGGUUUCUGGAAAACAGUCACCCUGCAGUGCAGUCUCUGGAGUCUCUGCAGCAGCGGGCAAUGGAGGAGUUCUGCAAAGUUGCAUCAUUCUUCGGUGAGGAUGGAAAGGCCACCACCACAGAGUGUUUCUUCGGUAUCUUUGCAGAGUUCAUGGCUAAAUUGGAGAGGGCUUUGAGUGAUAUCCAGACUACAGAAAACCCUCAACGCAGCCCCAGGAGCCCUCGCGCGACCUCUCCUGUAUCCUGGUGAAGAAACCACCCAACAUGAGGCAAACAUACUCAUACAAUACAGACUUACAGUACAUAAAUGUUUACUUACAUGCUGUCCACUCCUAUACCUGUCCAGUCUAAAUUUAGUUAUAGCCUUAUGGUAAUUCAAGGACAUGUGUACAGUUGCAAACUAAUGCACACGCAUGCAGGGUCCUGGCAAGUUAUAAAGCUGAACUCUCAGGCACAGACUGGACAGGAAAGCUUCAGAGCAAAAUGUGAGGGAAAGAUUAGAAAGGCUUUAAAACAUUUGACCAGAUUUGGUCUAGGACGUUCUUUACAGGAUGGACCGUGUGAUUGCUCUUGGCACUUAAAAACCAGGAAUGCAGUCAAAAGAGUUGGAGUAGUGGAUUCUGUAAAUCAUAAGUGCAGUUAGAUAAGUUAUUUCAUGUAAUUAGGACCGUGAGUGUCAGAUCUUGACUGACAUGAUAUUUUAAUAAACAAAAAGUUGUUUAGGAAAAGUGCUUUAACAGUGUCUUAAUUCUGCUUAAAUGUAUUUAAACAACAUGGGUUGGAGUUGUCAGUUGGUCAUUGUACUGUAAACAGAUAUUUUGAUGAAUUAAUGUCUUAAAUGAUAAAAAGUCAUUCCUCAUACGCAGAAUGCUUAAGUGCAAUAUAUUAUAAAUUGUUGAUGAAAACUGCAUUGAUAGAGAUAUAUUAUUGUACAAGAGAUGCAGUUAGUUCUUAUAUUAUUGCUUUACUAGCUAUGGAAAACAAUGAAGAGCUAGAUUAUGACUUCACUAUAUGGAUUUGGUAUUUUUAAAUAUUAACUUUUAAUUAACAUUUAACUUGUGCUGCUUUAAUUCCUUAUUAACAUAGCGAAUCGUAUGAUUCCUGUAUCAUUCUAUU